AAUCAUGGCAAGUAGAGAUGUCUGGCUUCCGCUUUCCAGUUUCAAAUGUCCAGUAAAUGGAUGCCCAGGAUCUCUUUCUCCAAAGAAUUGGGUGUGUGAAAAAGACAACACAGAUAUGUUCAUAUCUCAGAAUGGCACCCUAAGCUGUGGAGCUGGACAUAUAGGAAGAAUUAUUGACUGGAAAUUUGAUUGCGGUAGUCACGGAGAUCAUUCAGUGCGGAGAUGGCAGACACCUGAUUUACAAGGUUUUACUUUUGCAUUAUCGCAUGCAACACAACUGACAUGUUCAGCAGGUGCAACUUGGUUUUCUUCUCUGGUUGUACAUCUUGGGAGUCAAUACGAGAACAACAGAAGCACAUACAUACUUCAAUAAUGAUGAUGAUGAUGAUGAUGAUGAUGAGAAUCGAAAACCAGGAAUCAUUGUUAUCAAGUACAUAUGUGAGACAUUUGCGUGGUGGGUUCAUUUACAAAGAAUACAUCUUAAUAAAUCAAAUAAUAAAAUGUUUUAACAUA